UUGGCCGCGUGCGGGCGUUACGAAAGAGAGCCCGCAACAAAUCAGCUGUUCGAUCGAGUAGUGUGCGCGUGUGAGUGUAAGAGAGGGGGGAGGGGAAGAAAAGUUAAAAGCCAAAUGCCGGCGGCAGUCGUAAACUUUUCACUAUUUUCCCCCAAAAUUAUACUUAUUUGAGAAGUGAUAUAUAAAAAGCAAGCUAGAAAACGGGAACAGAGAAUGCUGGAGCAGGAGAUGGAGUUGGAGGUGGAUGUGGAGGCGCAGGCGGCGGAUCCUGGCGAGGCGGUCAAUCUGCUGAAGCUCAUCAAGCGGCUGCUGCUGGAGAAGGCCUACGACGGCGUGCGGAUGCUCUUCAACAGUCCCCAGGAGGCGGAACGGAAUAGCCGGCACCUGCCGCUGAUAGCCAUGGACCUGUUCCACGACGUGUGCGCCCCAAACCUCACGGACGACGUCAACUGCGAGGAGUCUGAGCUGUUCGACUGCGCGGACGAGCUGCUUAAGCUGCUGGCCAAGUAUGCUCCGCUGCAGGAGCUGAUGCUGGAGUUGAUGGAGCGCGUGGGGGAGAGCAGCAGCAUAAGUGUGUUUGGAGCCUACCUGCGCGCCCUGCAGGUGCUCAUCCAACGACAGGGACGCAGCAAGCCGCAGGCGGUGGAGUGGUGCCUGCACAGUGUCUACAGCCGGCUGCAGGAGCUGCCGUUGCCGGAAUACUUGAGCGAGGGCUACGACGAGGCCCAGGCGAAGCUAAUAGAGCAGGAGGAGGACGUGGAGGACCUGCUGGCCCACUACAUAACCGUGGGGCUCUUUCGCACACCCAUUGUUAAGGAAAUCCUGCAGCAGGAUGUGCGUCCUGCUGACCAAACAUUCAGGAACUGUGGACUGAACCGCCGUAACAUCUUCGCCUGCUUCUUCAUCCAACUUCUGGGGCGUCCGCUGGCGCUGCUGGAGAUGGGCUCCGUCAAGGAGGGCAUGACGCGCACCUAUGUGCAGCAGGUGGUCGAGGGCUUCACUAAGGACGCCAGUCAGUGCCUGGGGGACCCCUUUUACCUCCUCAAUCUGGUAGAGCAGCGCGCCAGGUGGCAGAGGAAGCUCGAUGCCUCUAAAGGGGUCUACGAAAUGAGCAGCCGUAAUGUGUUCCUUAUCGAGGAGAAGCUACCGCUGCACGCUCUGGCCAUGUACUAUCACUCGCUCUUCGUGGGAAACCAACUGCCGCCCACAGCGCCCAAGAUAUAUGCACCUCUGUUUCUGUUUGAAUCCAUUGUCUACCUGGCAGAAGUGCUGCUCAAACAGCAGGAGCCGCCGCUGCAGCAUUGCGGUCUCCGAUUGGUGGAGUAUCUGCUGACCACCCUGGGGGACCCCGUUCCGUAUGCCUCGCUGCAGCUGGACGUGCACAAGCGCUUCUUUGAGGCCCUAUGCAAGAUUGUUGGCUACUCGCCGCAGGUCUCCCUCCGCCAGUUGGGGAUCCAUGUGCUCCGACAAUACGUGCUGGCCUUCGAGGACCAAGGAAAGUACUUGAUCAUUAAGAACCUGCUGGAGACCCAGCAGCACGAUGGACUGAUGGGCUACCUGGCUGGAAUGUACAAGGAUCUGGUGCACGAGGCGCUGCUUGAGUCCUCCCCUAUGCCUAAAGUCUACAGCGGCAAGAUGUUCCAAGAGAUGCUGCUGCUGUGCGUCUGUGUCCUGCCCCAAGAUGUGAAAUCCGACCUGCUGCUGCACUCUGACCGCCUGUGUAGUGCCCUGAACAUUGUGAGAUACUUUGCGCUGAAGGACAAGCAGGAUGUGACUGGGUUCUGGCAGGCUUUGCCGGAGAUUGAGCGUAGAUUCCUGAUUCCGCUGGCCAAGGCCCUGGACUUUUCGAUGGCCCACUACAAGGCGUACAAGGAGCGUGUAGAGAACGGCCAGAGUGCCUCGGACGAUGCCCUGAUGCAGCGCCAGCUCAACAUGCUGGCGGUGAACAUCACCAACAGUGGAAUGGCUGCAAAGGAUGGGGACAACCACCUGCCCGACAUUGGCACCAAGGAGAAGCUCGAGGUGCUGGCCAGCUCAAUCACAGGACUGGAGUCCUUGCGGGCUCUGUACCUGCGGGCCAACGAAUGCAUUGAACAAUCCGCCCGCCAGCGCCGCAUUAAACCGCCCAUUUCCCAGGCGUUGGAAGCUUAACUCGUAUUUGUCCAUGUAUUUUUUCACAAACAAAAGAAUAUUAGCGUAAACUUUGUGUGUAAACAGAACCGAAAUCGAAAUCUUAACGAAAACGAAACUGAAA